AUGAAAGCCUUGCACCUCCUACGAUGGAGCGGCUCAGUCCUCUCACCGCGCACGAGACCAUGCUGCUUCAUUCACAAAUAUCCGAGUCGAUAUCGACCUCAACCUUUCAACAUUCUUCUCCGCCUUCAAUCCUCCGCUGCAGUACCGAUAAGAACCAUCUCAGAACCAGAAGAUGACACUGAGCCACAAAAACCAGCACACUACACCCUCCUCCCAUCUCCACCACCCUCACGCGCCCUUUCCUCCGCUCGCCUCUCCGCCUUACAUGCUCGACUCGUUCUCCCUCCACGCCUUCCCCUAGAGUCUCUUGCCCGCUGCCUUGUCGACCCUUCCGCCGAUACAAACCCUAAUUUCAACAAUGCCUCCCUCUCCAUACUCGGCUACGACCUCUUAGGCUACUACACCUCCGAAGCCAUCGUCUGCCGCUACCCUCGUCUCCCCACCGAAGUCACGUUCGCCGCCAUGCACGCCUACUGUGGGCCUAAAACUCUCGCGGCCGUUACGCGAGAAUGGGGCGUCGAAGUGGCGGCAGCGCCAGGGGGAGAAGUCGAUCCUGGGGUUCUACAAUGCACAAGGCAGGAAGCGGGCAAUGCAAGCGUGAACGGCACUGGCACACAGUUCAAGGACCUCCCAAAAGUUGCUGAAGAUCCUAGCACGCGACCUAACCCAGAGCAGCAGAGAAGGGGCUGGCGCAGAGGCGCGACUAGCCAGACCGUCUAUGAUGACGACUUCGGAGACGAAAUCGAGCGCACCGAGACCGACUACGCAGAGCGACCCGAGCUGCGACAGGAAGACGCCCAGCGGAAGGCUAAGAGGGGGGUCACGCUCGAAGUAGCAUCCACCGGGUUUGUGAGAGCGCUGAUGGGUGCUGUGUAUCUACAUGCUGGGAAGAGGGCUGCUUAUAAUUUCUUCAAGGCGCACAUACUCAGUCGGCAUUUGGAUGUGAGCAAGUUGUUUGAGUUUCGACAACCAACGAGGGACCUGAGUAAAUUGUGUGCGAGAGAAGGGUUUGAGAGUCCUGUGGCAAGAAUAUUGAGUGAGACUGGGAGAAAGAGUCGACAUCCUGUCUUCGUGGUUGGUGUCUUUGCAGGGAAGGACAAACUCGGAGAGGGAUCCGGAAGCAGUCUGGAUGAAGCCAGAAUUCGAGCUGCCAUAGGUGCAUUGAAGGGUUGGUACCUGUACAGUCCGUUGGAGGUGAGGGUGCCCAGCGAGGCUACCGAAGAGAAGCCUUGGGAGCCGGUACUUGUUGAUGGUGGAGAGGUGUUUGUGUGA